CCGGCCCUGAGUCGAGUCAGAUCGGCCCGGAAGUUAUAGCUCGAUGAGUAUCGCCCCGUAUCAUCCACCACUCAGGCUUACGCGUCCAUCUGCGCACUUGAGGUUCCGGGAAUGUUUUUCUCUGCAGGUGUUCAGUGACGAAUCCCGGUUUAGAAGUCAAGCGGGCUGCCCCAUGUCGUCUGAAGAGACCCCGCUGCUGGAUUGCAGCUCAACUUGUUCCAUACAAGACGAACAUGACAAAGUGUAUGAUCGAUUCUCCCCUACGCAAAAGCGGACGAUUGUGUCCGUAGUUUCGUGGGCAGCUAUAAUCCCGCUAUUUGUGUCAUCGUCAUUCAUACCGUCCGUGCCUGAGAUAGCAAGGGAAUUCGGCUCGACCGGUGCCAUCAUUAAUUUGGCAGUUAGCCUGUCCCUCACUUCUGUGUCCGUAAGCAGUCUCGUCUGGGCGACCUACUCAGGGCAUUAUGGUCGUCGGCCAGUUUACCUGGCUUCCCUGCCAUGCUUGUGCAUCGGCUCGUUAGGAGUCGCUCUUGCCAGAUCAGUGCCUUCCCUAAUGCUGUGGAGAGUGAUACAAGCGUUCGGGACGUCGAGCAUCAUGUCAGUUGGCGCGGCUGUGCUCGGCGACAUCUACAAGGUGGAAGAGCGUGGCACAGCUAUGGGUCUGUUCUUCGGCGCAUCUCUGUUGGGCGCUGCUUUGGCACCUCUCGUCGGUGGCCUUGCGACACACUACACGUCGUGGCGAGACAUGCAAUAUGCAUUAUUUGUCACCGGCCUGAUUGCAAUUGCUCUGAUGUUUCGGUAUCUUCCUGAGACAAGCCACCCCGGGACUCGAGGUGUCGACAAACUGGCUUCGGCGUCUGAGUGCUCAUCAAAGCGGGUCGGCUGGGUGUGGCUGAACCCGUUCAGCAGCAUGGCAUUGCUCCGAAGCCCAAAUAUUCUAGCAAUGACUCUGAUAUCGGCGUCUGGGCUACUCACCGAUUAUGUCCUCCUCAUCCCGCUGUCCUACACUGUUGGCGUGCGAUACCACAUAACAAACGAAGCGCUGAUCGGCGCAUUAUUCAUGGCCUCUGGAGUUGGGAACAUUCUUGGUUCGCUUCUCGCUGGGCCAAUCUCCGAUAGAAACGUGGUCAAAUGGCGCGCGCAUCGCGCCGGAGAAUGGGUUCCAGAAGACAGGCUCCGAGCUACCCUGUGGCCCGCAGCCACUUUGGUCCCGCUCUCCGUGCUCUUCUCAGGUUUGACGACACGAUUCAUUGAUGGCAAGCUGGGUAUUGCACUGAAUUUGGCUUGCCUUUUCAUGAACGGCAUCGGGGCGGACCUUGCACUCAGCCCCGUCAGCGCAUACUUGGUGGAUUUGGUCCAUGACCGAAGUGCUGAGCUCAUAGCGGUACAUGACGCAAUACGAAAUUUGUUGGUCGCAUUGGCUACAACAGUGUUUCUGCCGCUGAUCGCCAGUAUCGGAGUCGCAGGUACAGACGCGAUCGUGACGCUCAUCGCAUAUGCUGGCUUCGGUCUCUUGUGGACAGUCAUUCGGUACGGUGGACGGAUGAGAGCAAUGGUCGACGUGGGAUAUUCGACUGCCAGCACAAACUAAUGCAAAGUCUGCGAUUUGCCGCUAGGCAUAGACGUUACAGUGGUAUAAAUAUGAUGCUGAAAGUACACAAAUAACAUGUCUAGCAUAUGAGUCAAAUGCAUGCAUGGUCGGGUAACACUGA